UCAUUGGGCAAUAAUCGAAUAGUAAUACAAAACACAGACAGGAGUGCCGGAUAUGUAAAUUAGGGACUGAUUAUGUGAUAAAUAAAUUUUUUGCGAAUAAAACUAGCCAAAAUGAUGGGAAUUAAGGGAGUGAUUCUUUUGGCUAUCAUUCAGAUCAAUUUAUUAAGUACGGGAGCGGUUUAUAAUGAUUCGUUCGAUGAGGAGUUGUUCCUGAAGCCCCUGUCAUCAGGGCAUCUCUACGCUUAUUUUCAAUUUACCACCCUGUGGAGGGUACCUAGGAAUUCUGAAAAAUUGCACCACACCCACCUCUUCCCUCGAGGGCUGACUGUUUUAAUUAAUAGGCAUCACGUGCAGGAACUACACAUCAGUCUUACUGAGGGACUCUGGAAGUACAGGAAAUGGGGAUAUCCAGUAGUGGAUGCAGGUCCUGGUGCCGAGAUUUACGCCUGGUUCCAGGAGGAAGUGCAGGAUGUUGACAAGGAAUGGAAGGCCCUGACGAAUGCCCUCUCCGGUCUCCUCUGUGCCUCCCUGAACUUCGUGGACUCCUCCAACAGCAUGUCUCCAGAGUUCAGCUUUCGGCCACUGGGAGUCCUCGAGAAGCCCCCGAACUCCAGUCACUUGCGGUACUCAUCACUCCCGAGGGAGAUCGUCUGCACGGAAAACCUCACUCCCUUCAAGAAACUACUGCCCUGUGACUCGAAGAGGGGCCUUGCCACUCUCCUGAACUCUGCCUACAUCCACAACACGAAUUACCAUUCCGUUGGAAUUCACUUCCGCACUGUCUGUGGAAACCCCGCCUGCACAGUGUCUUCUCUGGAGUUGAGACAGUCUGUUUCUCUGAUUUAUGACACAAUGGCUGAGGGAAAUCAGGACUGGUCGCUGAGGAAGCUCUUUGGCAUGGGACUGAUGGGGGUCUGUCCCCUGGCCACAUUGAGCAAUAUCUACGUGGAUACAUCCACAAAUAACAGUAUUCACACUUACAGACUGACCCCGGCUCCCACGACGAAGAUUGUGAGCCUUCGAGGCGGACAGAGAACUGAAAUUGCUACUUAUGACAACAGAGCUUUCAGCACUCGAGGGGUCUUCAAUAUCGCUGCUGUUCACAGUAAACCCAGAACUGGGAGCGUCGACUUCCCAUCGAUACUAUCUGCUAAUCGAUACAUUAUUGAAUAUGGGCAAGAAAAAGCAACUCUGAUAACGAAAUUGCACAACAAUCAUUGGCAGGCUAUUGACAUUGUGUUGUUGGAAAACAUUCCCUGGUACUUAUCAGUAUAUUUGCAUUCCAUGAAGAUUGAACGUAAUGGAGAAAAUGUGAAGCCUCUGACCCUCAGGUAUUCUCCUGGAAGGGAGAGACUCCAGCCGUACUACCUCGAGUUAAUUCUUCGUCUUCCUCCGCAUUCUGUCACGAAAUUCUCUAUCGAUAUGGAUUACUUGUUCCUGAAGUGGCAGGAGUAUCCACCGGAUGCUAAUCAUGGAUUUUACAUGGGUCCUGCAAUCAUCACUGCUUCUCUUCCUACUGCUAGAAAUUACACUGGUCUGCCUAUUGAUGGCAGUACGAUAACCUCCAGUUUUAAUGCAUCGAGGGCUGGAUAUCUCGUUCAACUUCGCACAGAGACAAUAGUGAUCACUCUGCCAACCCCAGACUUCAGCAUGCCAUACAAUGUCAUUUGCUUGGCUUGCACAGCAGUUGCUCUUGCGUUUGGCCCUCUUCAUAACAUUUCAACCAAGAGGCUAGUCCUGAAAGACGUCAAAGAAGACUUCAUGACGAAAUUGGCGUCUGCCAGUAAGAGGAAACUCUCCUCAAUCCUCUCUUUCUGGAAGCAGAAGGGCAAGAAGGAAGAGAAGGUCGAUUAGGAAAACCCGAUGAUUGUGAUUUAAUAAAAUAAAUCUUGAUUUUUUUUCAAGAA